CACCUCCACCUCCCUCCACCUUCCUCCUCCUCCUCCUCCCUCACAAGAUGCCUCAUUAAGCUCACUUGUAAUACCGCCCUCAUCGAGAGCCGGCCCGCGUGCACCCCGGCGUCCGCCAGCCCGCCACGCCCCGAACCCGCCCCGACCCCCCGCCCGCCCCCGCGGGCCGAAUGCCCUCCACGCCCCGGCACCCCCCCCCCCCACCGCCCCGCCGGUCUCUCGCACAUCCCCGGCCUCCGCACCCCCCGUCCCCCGCCGACCCGACCGCCCCGCCCUCGGCUGCCGCCCGCGCACCUGCUUCACCUUACCCCUCGUCACCCCCCGGUUCCCCCCUCUCCCUCGCCCUACAAGAAGAAAGCCUGGCACCCGCUCGACGUUACCGAGCCCGCUCCCCCCUGCCACGCCCCGCCUCCGCGAACACCCGACACCAUCGCCCGCGUGCACGGCGUUGGUCGGGCCCCGGGGCGUACCGGAUCCGGCACCCCGAUCGGUCAGCGGCUUGCCGCGCUCUGCGCCCGCGGCCCCGCGGGCCCCCACCUCCGGCCAAGCCCACCCCCCCCCCACCCGCCGCCCCACUUCGCCCCCCCGGCCUCCCGCCCCGCCGCGGGGCACAUCCCCACCGCCCCACAUCCUCUCCCCCGCCGACGUGGCCCCCAUACCCUGGCACGACCAACUGGCUUGCCGGCAGCGCUCCCGGGCCCCCCUUCGCGGACCCGUUUCCUGCGGCGCACAUCCCUGCCCCCCGUCGCGGCUCGCUCCCCGCUGCACCCACCGACCCCACCCCGCGCCACCCUCCCUUGCACCCGCCCUCCGGGCCCUCGCUGCCUACAUAGCCCCUUGAGCCCCGCGCCCCGUCACCACCUACUCCCCCGGCUGCCGCCCCCUGCGCCCCCCCGCAGCCGUGACCCGAGCGCGGAUACACCGGCGCGUAGGCCUCCUCCCCACGACGGCCCUCGGGCCCCCGGGCGGUGCGGCCUGCAGAUCGCCACGGACACAGUCACGCGAAGAACCCCCGCUCACGCCUCCGCACUCCCGCGGGCUGCCGCCCCCACGCCCCCGGGCCCGGCCGUCCCCGGCCCCGAGCCCGCCACGCCCGCGGGUGGAUCGGCGCGCUGGUCACCCACCGUCGCCUAUAUGGGGUGCGCCACUCCGUUACGGCGCGGCCGCCUCCCUGCGCGCUUCGACUCCCGCCCUGCUGCGGGCGAGGCCCCCGCCCGCGCUCCCUGGCCCCGCCCCCUCCGCACGCGUCAGCGUCCAGCCCCGCGGGUGCCGCGUGCCCUCGCCACCCGCGCCCCCGUCCCAAAACAACGCCCCCGCCACCCCGACCCCACCGAUCUGGCCUCUACUCGACAAGCCUUAAGUCUUAAAACAAGUGACAUCGAAACGAAAAAACAACGACGGAAAUAUGUAACACAGCACCCUAUACCUCUCCCAUCCCCCCUAUACCCCAUAUCCUCUAUAACCCCAUAUCCUCCCUAUACCCCCCUCCCCUAUACCCCCCAUCCCUCCCCUAUACCUCCCAUAUCCUCCCCCAUUAAUAUAUAUCCUCCCAUAUCCCCCCUAUACCCCAUAUCCUCCCCUAUACCCCCCAUAUCCUCCUAUUACCCCCCCCCUGCCCCCCGACCCUCUCCCGCCCUACCGCUCUCCCCCAUCAGCUGUUUUACAACCGGCGUCGGCCCAUAG